AGUGUGAGUGACCUGUGGUGUGCUUGCAUUGCGUUGAUUUUGGGGAGGUCUCUGGGUUCCACCUCUAGGCUGUCACUGUCACAAAGGGGUCCCCUGAUCAGUGACUGUCAUCACUGGCAACCAGCCACCAGGAUCUUUCUCUGUUCCAGCACCGUCAGGAGAGGACCGCUUCCUUCUCUCUACUCUCCUCGUCCCCGGCAGAGCAGACCAACUUCCGCUUCUCUGAGGCUCACUGAGCAACCACCUAAACGGUCCCUCCUUCAUGCUGGAAUCUUGUAGUCUGGACAGUUACAGUUCAGCAUAUUACAUCUGUACAACCACUAUUGUCUUGAUCCUUUUAUCAUCAUCAUCAUCAUCACCAUCAUCACUAUCGUCAUCAUCAUCAUCUUUGUCGUCAUUUUCGUCACUCUGACCAGCAUCUUCAUCUUUGAAAAGACCCACAGCCUCCUCUUGGGCCAAUCGUCUGGCUUAAGAUGUAUCUGGAGAACAAGCCCAACCUGGAGACCGAGAUGUCUCAAGUCGGAGCUCAGGGUCAGCAGGGACGUGUCGGGCACAGGAAGUCUGAGGCCAUGGUGGAGAACUUUGACGAGCUGCGUCUGUUGGAGGGCUUCUCUGACCGUAGGGAGACCCAGAAGCUUCUGCAAGCAGCGGCAAUGCCAUCGGGGCACUGUGCCAUCUACGCCAAUGCCCAUCAGGAGGAAAGUCAGAACUACAGCGUUGUCAACUUCCUUAGAGGAAAGACGAACCAGGCCAACCACACAGAGAGGUCUCCACUGCUGAAGUUCUCUCAGGACGAUAGCAUCUCCUACAUGACCGUGCGCGACCCCGGCUUCCCCAGCGGCGGGGAGUCAUCACUGGACGGCAGCUCCACCGAGGCAGAGAGGAAGGCCCGCCUGGCCGACGAGGCGUCCGCUGGCCUCACCCGCUCUUGGUCCUCAGAGAAGAGCGACCUGCUGGACAACAUCCACCUCAGCUUCAAGCUGUCCAGCAACAUCCGAAACGGCUUGAGUGCUGCAAAAACCUUCAUUAUCUUCGUCAUUGUUGUCUUGAGUUCACUGUUGUUCAGCAUGUAUCCAGAUCAUGACACCCCCUGGGGAAUGCUGGCCGUUUCAUCCACCGAGAGCUUCUCUAUGAACCUGACGGAUUUCCGUGGCAACGCCCAGCUGAAGCUGCAGGUGGCAGGGCCCUUCCUGGGGGGGUCUGUAGAUAUCCCCGCCGAGGAAUCCAUCCUCAUUCAAGUGUCACAGAUAGAGGAGGCGGGAUCUCGCAGGAGGCGUGGUCAGCAGGUCCUCUAUAAUUGGAGCAUCCCUCUGCACUCUGAGCGGAGCGAUCAGAUCGUUCGGACCAGAACAUUUGAGAUGCUGAGCAGCUCCCCUGUCCUCAUCACAGUGCAGGCAUCUCUGCUGGACACCCAGGUGGUGCCCCUCUCCAUGACUCACCAGUACCUCUACGCUACCGUGGAAACGCAGGUGCUCAUCGCUGGCGUCAUCCUGGCUGGGGUCUACGUACUCAUCAUCUUCGAGAUCGUCCAUCGGACUCUGGCGGCCAUGCUGGGAUCCCUGUCUGCCCUGGCGGCCCUGGCCUUCAUUGGAAAUAGGCCCAGUCUGUCGACGGUGGUGGAGUGGAUCGACUACGAGACCCUGGCUCUGUUGUUCGGGAUGAUGAUCUUAGUGGCCAUAUUCUCCGAGACGGGCUUCUUUGACUACUGCGCCGUGAAGGCCUACCAGCUGUCCAGAGGCCGGGUGUGGCCCAUGAUCAUCAUCCUCUGCCUAAUCGCUGCCAUCCUCUCUGCCUUCUUGGACAACGUCACCACCAUGAUGCUCUUCACGCCUGUCACCAUCAGGCUCUGCGAGGUGCUCAAUCUGGACCCCAGAAAUGUUCUCAUCGCCGAGGUAAUCUUCACCAACAUCGGGGGAGCGGCCACAGCUGUCGGAGACCCACCCAACGUCAUCAUCGUUUCCAACCAGGACCUGCGGCAAAAAGGGAUCGACUUCGCCUCGUUCACCGGCUACAUGUUCCUCGGCAUAUGCCUGGUGCUCACGGCCUCUUUCCCACUCCUCCGGAUGCUCUUCUGGAACAAAAAGCUCUACAACAAGGACCCCUUAGAGAUCGUCGAGCUGAAGCAUGAAAUCCUGGUGUGGAAGCAGACGGCCCAGCGCAUCAACCCUGCCAGCCGCGAGGAGACGGCCGUCAAGCGCCUGCUCAUGCAGAAGGUGCUCAACCUGGAGAGUCUGCUCCGCAACAAGCUGCGCACCUACCAGUGGCAAAUAUCACAGGAGGACAAGAAUUGGGAACACAACCUUCAAGAUCUUCAGAAAAAGCACAGAAUAACUGAUAAGAUUCUCCUGGUCAAGUGUGUGUCUGUCCUCGGAGUCGUCAUCUUCAUGUUCUUCCUCAACUCCUUUGUACCCGGAAUUCAUCUCGAUCUGGGCUGGAUUGCCAUGCUGGGGGCCCUGUGGCUGCUGGUGCUGGCCGACAUCCAGGACUUUGACAUCAUCCUCCACCGUGUGGAGUGGGCCACCUUACUCUUCUUCGCAGCUCUCUUUGUUCUCAUGGAGGCUCUGGCUCAGCUUCAGCUGAUCGACUACAUUGGACAUCAGACUGCCGAACUCAUCAAAGCGGUACCAGAAGAAGAGCGCCUGGCCGUGGCCAUUAUCCUGGUGAUGUGGGUCUCUGCCCUGGCCUCCUCUCUCAUUGACAACAUCCCGUUCACCACCACCAUGAUCCCUGUUCUCAUUAACCUGAGUCAAGAUGAGGACGUCAACCUUCCAGUGAAGCCUCUCAUCUUCGCGCUGGCAAUGGGUGCCUGCCUGGGAGGGAAUGGAACCUUGAUUGGAGCGUCGGCCAACGUGGUGUGUGCUGGAAUUGCAGAACAGCAUGGCUACGGCUUCUCCUUCAUGGAGUUCUUCAGGCUUGGGUUUCCGAUGAUGCUUAUGACCUCUACGAUCGCCAUGUGUUACCUGCUGGCCACCCACAUCGGACUGGGCUGGAACCUCUGAAACACCUGAAGACACGGGACCGAUAAAAAAAAGACUUUUUCUGUUUGUGUGUGUGUGCGUGUGUGUGUAAAACGGUGCGUGUGAGAAUGUGUGCUUUGAAUGACCACACUCCGGGGAGGGGGUGGGGGGGAGCCUUGCUUCGCCGGAGAUGGACAGGUCCCUUGUUGAUUUGGGAGACACAGCUCGUUGGCAGAGUGGCGAGCAGCCUGCAUAUGUGCGUGUGUGUGUGUGCCCGGCCUCAUUACAGCCUGGCAGACGGCCCUCGCUUGCCAGACACACUCCAUCGGGGAGAGAAGAAGAACUGAACCAAGGGAAAGAAUCAUCCGCUCGGAGUGCACGGCCACACCUGGGCACUCGCCAGCGCUCUCUGGUGCUACAGCUGCCAUGGCUACCUGGAAUACCAUGAGGACAGCGGGGGGGGGGGGCAUUCUCUUGGGAGUUCAGCAAGCUUUUUUACAUUUCCCCAAAUAAGCGACUCACCUGAGGAUUUUUGUUAUGUAACUAUUGGGGAUUUGAAUUGUAUUGAUUUGUGUCUAGCUCUGAAUAUAUGAUGAGCCACUUUGUUUUAUUUAAAAAAGGCAACAUACCACCUAUUUAAAGGGAUUUUCAUAUGUGCCUUACCAAAAACUACACCCAAGGUGUCCAUAAAUCUUCAUGAUUUUAGAUUAUCCUCCCAGCGUUUCACACUAUGACGUGGGUCAUCCAAGAGAAUGUCUAUAAAUUCCAACUCUCAACAUCUAAACUAAAUCAAAGACGUAUAUUUUAACCUAAAAAUGAAACAAGUAUUUAAUUUGUUUUUAAUGUAUUUUGAUUGUAAUAUAAUUAACCCUAUUACACUUGAACAGUGGUAGAUAAUGUACAUUGAUAUAGCAGGUGUUUGUGUUUAUAUAGUUAAUAUGAUACAUAUUUAAUGGCUACUGUUGCACCCCAUCUCUUUUGCCAGUAUUGAAAGACUUUAUAGAGUACUCUACAUGUUCACGUUGAUAAAACUCUCACUAUGGACAGUCAAGGCAAAAAUUAAAACAUGAAUUGCCAGUGUUGCAACUGUGCUCAUAUGGACAUAAAAAGCAAUAAAUCUUCAUUUCAUUUUGAUCUAUUGGGCCUCCCUUUCUAUUAAUUACAAUACGCUGAUAAAUGUACGUACUCACACUCAUACACAGACACACACAAAC